UUUUUUUGGUACCUACAAAAAAAGCUGUAAGAAAUAUUGUGCAAAUUUUUCGUGCCAAUUUUUGUGUUCAUUAUUUUUUCGAUUUUUUUUCUAAUUUCUGUGAAUAAAAUUUGAAAGGCAAAACAAAAAAAAAAAUCCAUUGUUAAAAUGCAGAAAAUAUCGAGUGUAACGCUUCUCCUAGUAAUUGGAAUAACAUUAAUCGGAUUCGUUCAAGCCAAAGGUUCACACAAGGUCCACUGCACUGAGGAUUUAAUGCGUGUUGAAAUUGGCAUCCCAGAUAGCAUAAAUGACAAUAAAACCAAACCACAAAUCUAUUUGGAAGGCCUCAAGGGAUAUCCCGAUGUUAGAUGUCAACCGUAUAUAAAUGGCAGUCUUGCUGAGUUCCGACUUUCGCUGAAGGACUUUUAUGAGUGUGGAGUAACGAGAAUGCUUAACAAAUUAACGGGUAAAAAAGUCUAUUACCACAAAAUCAUCAUUGAAGAUGCGAAAAGCAAGGAGAUCGUUAGUGUGAAGUGCAUCACAACUGGGCCGGUUUAUAAUGUUAUGAUGAAUGAAACUAAUCAGCAACAUCAUGGAAUCGUUCGGCGAGACGUGUUACCAGCUGGUUUUCAAGAACCUGAGGACAUUGAAAUCACAACAUCUCUAACUACCCGUGCUCCAGAGCCACAUUUAAGUGUUGGUGUUCGUCAAGGUGGAGAAAUUGUUACUGGAGAACUGAAUGUUAGCCCUGGAACACCAUUGACAAUGGAAAUCUAUCUCGAUAAAACCUCAGCUCCCGUAUACGGUCUUGGUGUCACAUAUAUGCAAGUUACCGAUACGAAAAAUCAAGAGGAAACAAUUAUUUUCAAUGGCUGCUCAGUGGAUCCUUAUCUAUUCGACAACUUCAUGACUGUGGAUGGUGAUUUCUUGAGUGCCAAAUUCCGUGCUUUCAAAUUCCCAGAAUCCACCUACGUUCAAUUCAGAGCCACGGUUAAUGUUUGCUUGGACAAGUGCUCGGGAACUCCUUGCAGUAAUGGACAAGUUGGUUUUGGCCGAAGAAAGCGUGAAAUCAGUCACCAUGCUGAUCCCAACAAAAUCUAUGAAAUCUCUUUGGCGACAUUCAUCAAGGUCAGCGAUGCUGAUGGUGUUAACAAAAAUGAAAUCCGACAAUUGGAAGAGAAGCUACGUGAACUUAAAUUGGUAAACCAAAGAUUAGCCCGCAACAGUCGUGGUAGCUUCAUGGAACCUAUCAAAAGCAUGGAACAGGUGCAAGCAAUUCCAGCUUUUGUCGUAGAUGAAAAAGAACUUAGUGGCGCUGUAAGAAGUGGCAGUGAAAGAUUAUUGAAUACAUCGUAUUUAAAUGCCCUUUUACCAAUUUUCUUCAUCUUAUCUAAACUGAUGUAAAUAUAUAUGAGUUUGAGAAUCUUCAACAAAACACAGAAAAAAAAAAGAAAUUCCGAUAGAGGGCGUGUGAUUGUGGUGUAAAAAAAAUGAAUUAAAUUUACUUACGACUGCCAUUUAUAUAAUAUUUUUUUUUUGUCUAAUUUUAAAUAAUGCUUUAAUUAAUAAUUCACAAAUAUAUGAAGAAGGUUUAAUAAUAAUUUUGUAAAUUAACUAUCGAUAACGAUAAAAUAAUAUUGUUUAAAUAUUUCCAGCGAUUAAUCUUAUGGCAGAGAACAUAUAUAACAAAAGAAUGACAACAACAGGCGGUUUUCUUAACUUAAUUUUUUUUUUAAUUUUGUAAAAUUUACAUUACCAAUGGGAAAUUUAUUGUUUCUUUUAUUAUAACUUUCUAAAAAAAAAACAACUUAUGAUUAAGAUUAAUAAUGAUAACGAUAACAUUAUAAGAACUACUAGUCUUCUAAGUUUAACUUGUAAGUUAAUAAGAAAACGCA